UGGCCUCAGCAGAGGAAUCACCGACCAACAACUGGGCGGAGCCCCACCCUCGGCGCCGCCCACUCACUCCCACUCUGCCCCUCCUCUCCUCCCAACGCGGCGGACACACGACUCGGUGCGACCGGAGACCGUGGGGAGCAAUGGCGGCAGUGAAGCGGUUGUUCCAGUCGUUUGUGUCGUGGAUCAAGAACUUGUUCUGGAAGCAGGAGAUGGAGCUCACGCUGGUGGGCCUCAACAACUCGGGCAAGACUACGCUGGUCAACGUCAUCUCCUCGGGUGAGUUCAGAGAGGACAUGAUUCCGACGGUAGGGUUCAACAUGCGCAAGGUGCAAAAGGGCAACGUGACCAUCAAGCUGUGGGACAUCGGAGGCCAGUCGCGCUUCCGCUCCAUGUGGGAGCGCUACUGCCGCGGCGUCUCGGCCAUUGUGUAUGUGGUGGACGCGGCUGACCACGCAGUCAUCGAACAGUCCCGUGAGGAGCUGCAUGCCUUGCUGUCCAAGGUCCAGCUCUCUGGCAUCCCGCUCCUGGUCCUCGGCAACAAGAACGACCUGCCCGAGGCCCUCUCCUCCGAGGACCUCAUCGAGGCUCUCGACCUCCAGUCCAUCACAAAUCGCGAGGUCUGCUGCUUCUCCAUCUCCGCCAAGGAUGGAGUCAACAUCGACAUCACCCUCGAGUGGCUGGUCAAGCACUCGAAGAAGUCGUAAGGCCACUAUCACCCUCCCUCCCUCCCUCCCUCCCUCCCUAAAGCCCUUGAGGUUGCCAA